GUUGUUUCAGGUCUGUGAAGAACAGAAAUGUCAAGACGAAGUCUUCUCCCUAGCAAUGAAUUAUAUGGACAGAUUUUUAAUGUGUUGUUCAAUAAUGAAAAAUCAAUUGCAGUUAUUAGGAACAGCGUGUAUGUUAUUAGCGUCUAAAUUAAGGGAAUGCAGUCCGUUAGCGGGUGAAACAUUAGUAUACUACACAGACCAUAGUAUUACGAAACAGCAGCUUUGGAAUUGGGAACUUCUAGUCUUAAGUAAAUUAAAGUGGGAUGUAGCUGCCGUUACACCACACGAUUUCCUCAAACACCUCCUCAAUAGGCUACCGUUAGAAGACAGUUGGCACAUCAGUUACGAUAUGGUUAUUAGUCAUGCAAAAACGCUUAUCACGCUGUGUGCAAGAGAAUUCGUAUUUUCGAGGUAUCAUCCCAGCAUAAUAGCCUCCGCAUGUAUAGCCUCAGCAUUAUGUGGAGUAGGUUGGGUGUGUAAGAGUGGUAGGUCAUUAGAAGAUCUUCUACAGACGUUGACUGAAAUAACCUGUAUCGAAAAGGAUUACGUGGAGCAGUGUCUGGUACAGUUAGACAAGAUGAUCCGCGAUUCCACCUCGUGGACAUCUGUCAGCGAACAUUCAUAUGUCGAAAAUUUAAGGCCAGGAAGCUGUGGAGCAAAUACUAGGGUUGGAGAGGUCACGCCUCCUCCAAUUAGGAAAGACCAAGAGCACGAGAGUGCUCUUACACCAACAGAGGUGCACGAUGUGCACUUCUAAACUUCCUGCGAGGCUUCCUGGUACCAUUUCCAAUUCACCCCUCAGUGGAGCUUCCAAAAUUGCUUUGACUACGUGAAGCAGAGUCUGGUGGAAAUCGACAAGAUCAGCGGGUCCACCACGUCAACAACAGAUAUGCGGCAACUGGCAAUACUGGCUGGUUCAUUUCUGACAAAAUGACAAAAAAAAAACAAACAAAAAAACCAAAAGCAUGGGAGUGCGCUUACUCCAACCGAUGUACAUCGUGUGCAUUUAUAAGCCAUUUUGGUGGUACACCGGGUCACCAGCGACCUCGGUUAGCGAUGCAUUUCCGCCAGUACGAAGUGUGUGGUGUCAGGACAUCAUUUAAUAUAUUGAGUCAGUAAAUAUUCAACUAUUUCACCAAAACUCAUAAAAAUGAUGCAUGAUUCCUGAUUCCAACGUUCUGUGCGUUGAAGAAGAACAAGAACGGCGUUUGAACAUGCUAUUUUAGCCGUUGAAGCGGCAGUGAUGACAGUGAUAUAUUAUAUACGUAGAGCUUCCAUAUGGACCUAUAUUUGCAAUUUACGCGGGUAGGGUAAUCCAUAUUUCGCCGGUAUCUUGUACUCCAACUCCCCUUUUUUACAACGAAGGUGUGGCCAAAAACUGAGUGUAACUGUAAUAUAAAUGUUUCUGGUCAACACUUCCCACAAAACUUAAUCAUAAAUAAAAUAAAUACUGUCUUUCAUCUCCAGUUUAUAAAUAUUUUACUUUCUGUUUGUGAUACAGAUGUGUUGAACCAACCUCACGAACCUAUCAAAUAUUUCCCAGGUUACAAUAAAUUCUGAAAAGAUACCCAUGUGUUCAUAUACAGUCAUACAAAACGAGUGCAAGACUUCAGCGACCCUUCGCGGAAUUAGUUGUACCUUCAACUAUUAGAAAGACUUUAUAUGAAAUUUUAAAAUAAUGUAUCUGUGCUUUAAACGAAUGCAGAAAAGGAAGAUGUGUUUUGUUCAAAGAAGAUGUGAAUGCAGCGACAUGAAACUUCGGGGGAAGGCAAUAAAUUACGCUUUAAGUGAGAAACUAUAAAUAUAGCUUUCAGAUUUUUAAUUGUGUUCUAGAGAUUGUUAGCGCUGAGCAAAUGUGAUUCACGUAUAAAAUCUCCAGGCUUCUCAGUCGGGUUUUUAUCCCUCGUGUAUGUACACUUACACACAACCAGUUAUCAAAUUGUGCGUAAAUUUCGCAUAUAUUUUCAGGAUAAUUUGUAUAUGUGCAUAUAAAAGCGCUAUCGCCGAAACAUAAAUGGAUAUUUAUUCUUUCAACAAAUAUUGUGAAGUGUGGAGACGAUACUUAGAAAUUAUGAUUCUUUUAGCCCUCUGAAAUGAGAAAAAUGCUCUACACAAAGUACAAUUUCUGAGUCCAAAUUGUACAUUAUUGGUCACAUGUAUGAUAUGAAUAAUACAACUGAAACAUAUUUGGUAGUUUUUCCAAACUCUGCACCAUAAAAAGGUAUUUGGUCACGUUUGCUUAGCGCUGCACUCCAAAACACUUGAAACAGGAUUUUAAGAAUAUUUAAAAAGCUCUACUUUAGUCAUAUGUAAAUAGAUAUAAAAUAUAAUACAAUAUUACGAUUUUUCUGUUCCUAUUUCCAGCAUAGAACACAUUUAUAGUUUUGUAGUUGCAACAAAUUAGGAGUGACUGUGCAUAUCCACUGCAUGGCGAAUUUCUCAUAAACUGACCAAGAAAACUUUAAAUGGCAUAUAAUUUCGAUUUUUAUGUUUGUUACUGACAUAUUACCUACUUAUUUUUCAGUAUCUCAGUAUUUACGUUUCUACACAAUUCUUUCCUGUGAGGAUUAGAAAUAGAAAAUGUUUGCUUUGAAAGUGAUGCACGGUUUUGUGAUAAUUUUACUUUAGAAACGGUGAUAAAUAUCGAAAUUAAAAGAUUUUAAUAGUGAGUACACUUUUAAGGGAUCAGACAUUUUGAUUUAAAAACAUACUGAAAUUAUUAUAAUGGGUCUCACAUUUUAAAUAUCACUAAAAUACAGGGUCCGGCAGUGAAACGGGAAGACUUAAAAAAGUUAUGACAAACUAAAAUAUAACAAUUUAUCGAUAAUUUAACAAAAAUGCUCAAAUGGUUAUGUUUUCUUGAAAAUUGUAUCAGGCGACAUCUACCUUUGGUUUCUUACAUAUUCUCGGAGUCUGUUGCAGAACGAACCUAUAUUGUUGCCUUAGUUAUACCUUAGUUUGUGAUAACUUUUGUAAAUCUUCCCGUUUCACUGCCGUACCCUGUACUAUCCUGUAUGUAUCGGGUUCGGCUGCACAACCGAACGUCUCUGGAUAUCAUGUGGUCAAGUAGUUUUCGAAAUUUGCCCUGCAGAAAUACAAAUCCUGUGCAAUAAUUCUAGAGGCAUACUCUGAUUCCAACUAGAAUAUUCUUUGUAGUUAAUAUGCUGUGUUUGAUAGCGCUUUAAACUUAGUGUGCAAUUUGGAAAAAAAAGUAUAGCAUCCAUGUAGUUGUCGGUCAGAGUAUUUUCUGGGAUAUUCGCUGAAAAACAAAAGACUGCACCGUUCUUUUCAAGAACAAUGACUUAUUAAUAAUAACCUACUGUAUGGAAACCCAAAAUGUCCAAGGAACUGCGUAUCACUUUAAGGAUUUUUAUCAACUUUGAAUAUGGAGAUUUAAUUACGUGGAGCAUGGUUUAAGUGUGUGUUACUCUUUGGUCAGUGCCUUGGAUAAGUACUUUCAACAAUUAUAUAGAUUUAGAAGAUCAAUGCAAUGAGUAUUUAGCUGUACGCUUUUCUCUAUCAGUUUACCUACUUAUAUCGUAUUUUAUUUUGGUCUACGAUCUACCUGAUCGUCAAGUUUUUUUGUGAUUAUACGUGUAUUUUUUCAUUCUUUUGUGAUUUUCGCAUAUAUUGUUUGUACAUCGUGUUUGAAUUAGGUGAUCAAAAAGUGAUUUAAAAUUAACAUAAAAAAUAUCGAGUUAAGGCCAUAUAUGUACCUAAUGUUAUGCUGGGCAUACGAUGUAAUAUUCUAAAAGAAAUUUAUUUUAGUU